AGACAUGAAUGAAAUGGAGUGGAAUCACUAUAAAGUUAUUAAUGAGCUUGCAUUAUGAGAUAGGAAGUUUAAAGGACCAGAAAUUGAGAUGCAGCAGAAAAGACUGUAAUUUUGUAACUGAAAAAGGUUAUGCUUUGCUUUUAAUAUGUAGUGAGCCUUUCAAUCUUUCUAAUUAAACUUUAGAACUAGUGGUUAUGAUUCUGAAAAUCUCAGACUCUUAUAAAUUGCUCUCUUUCCGUCCCUUUGAAACAUCUCAGACCAUCAUUUUCUCUGUUUCUACAUCCUCUUUUUGUUAUUAUGAAAAUGGGUGGUGGUAACAAGUCUUCGAAGAAACCAAAAAAAGGCGGAGUCGAGCCUUCUUCGACCGGAGAUGUCAACAUUAUAAGCUCAGAUGGUUCACUCGUAUCUUUAGAUGCCAAAGAUGUGAAUGUGAUGACUCCUGCACCGAUUGUCUCAUCAUUUAAUGAUCGAAUUAGGCCUUGUCUCGAUGCAGUCGACAAGCUUAGGCGCCUUAUGGUCAUGAAAGAAGGCAUACAGCUGCCUACAAUUGUUGUGGUUGGGGAUCAAUCUUCAGGCAAGUCUAGUGUCCUUGAAUCACUGGCCGGAAUUAGCCUUCCCCGCGGCCAAGGAAUUUGCACUAGACUGCCCCUUAUAAUGCGGCUGCAACAUCAUCACCACCAAAUACCGCAGCUGUCACUGGAGUUCAACGGCAAAUCUAUAUCAACAAAUGAAGGUGAAGUAGCAGAUGCUAUAAAUAUUGCUACUGGUGAAAUUGCUGGCAAUGGUAAGGGCAUAUCUAACACUCCAUUGACUUUGGUUGUGAAAAAAUUUGGUGUACCUGAUCUUACAAUGGUUGAUCUUCCUGGAAUUACUAGAGUGCCAGUUCAUGGCCAACCUGAAAAUAUUUAUGAGCAGAUUGCAGAUAUUAUCAUGGAGUAUAUAAAACCUGAAGAGAGUAUCAUCCUCAAUGUUCUAUCCGCAACUGUCGAUUUCACAACUUGUGAAUCUAUCAGAAUGUCGCAGAAAGUUGACAAGACUGGUGAGAGAACUCUUGCUGUGGUGACAAAGGCUGACAAGGCACCAGAAGGGCUCCUGGAGAAGAUUACUGCAGAUGAUGUGAACAUAGGCCUAGGUUAUGUCUGUGUCAGGAACCGUAUUGGCGAUGAAUCUUAUAAUGAAGCGAGAAAUGAAGAAACCAGGCUGUUUGAAAGUCAUCAUCUUUUAUCUAAGAUAGACAAGUCUAUGGUAGGUAUUCAUGUUUUGGCUCAAAACUUAAUGCAAAUUCAAGCAACUAUUAUCUACAGGUGCUUGCCAGAAAUUAUGAGAAAAGUCGAUGACAAGCUGAAUGCAAACAUAGCAGAAUUAAGCAAAAUGCCUCGGACAAUGUCCUCAAUUACUGAAGCUAUGACGGUUUUAAUGGGCAUAAUAGGGGCUGCAAAAGAUUCUCUAAGGAAAAUCCUCCUUAGGGGAGAAUUCGAUGAGUAUCCAGAUGAUCAAAACAUGCAUUGCAGUGCUAGGUUGGUUGAAAUGCUAAACCAAUACUCAAUUGAACUUCAUAAUUACCAUGAAAAUGAACUUACAUCAGCCUUUCUAGUCGAUGAGAUUCGAAUUCUGGAGGAAGCAGCAGGGAUUUCGCUGCCGAAUUUCCUCCCUCACUCCGCCUUCCGCGAAAUGCUGAUGAAAAAAGUGACGGGGAUAUCAAAUAUGCCGGUUGCUUUCGUUGAAAAAGUAUGGAAGUACAUCGAAGACGUGGUUGCAUCAAUCCUGAAGCACCAUUCGGAGAAUUAUCAUCAGCUUCAAUACUCUACAAGACGAGCAUGCCAAAACAUUAUAGCAAACAUGAAAGAACAGUUCAUAAACUGGGUCGAGCAGAUGGUUCAAAUGGAGAAACUAACAGACUAUACUUGUAAUUCUGAGUACUUAAAGGAAUGGAACUUACUUAUGGCUCAUCAACAGACAUUCUUGGACAGUAUGCAGAAAAAUGGAUCUUACAAGCAAACCAUAUCGGGUCUGGGCGAGGUUUCAGCUGGCGAUCUGAGGAAGCAUCAACCGAUUCUGAAAUUGGCGUUUGACUUGAAAAUGAGAGUGAUUGCUUACUGGAAGAUUGUUCUGUGGAGGCUGGUUGAUAACACGGCGCUGCAUUUGCAAUACUGUAUUCAAACCCUGGUGAACAGAGAAAUGGAGAAGACUAUCAUUGAAGAAGUCAUGAGUAACAAUGGUUCAAUGGAGAGAAUCCUGGAAGAAUCGCCUUGUGUUGCAGGAAAACGCGAGAAACUAAAAUCAAGUAUCAAGAUUUUGAAGGAAUCGAAGGAGGUUUUAUCAGAAAUCAUGGAUAAGAUAACUUUCUAUAAGGAUUAGAUUUAGAUUGCUUCUG